AUGAAAGCACGUGGCAUCCCGUCGCUCAUCCUCGAGCGGGAGAGCUGCUUAGCCUCACUGUGGCGGCUCAAAACCUACGACCGCCUCAAACUCCACCUCCCGAGGCGGUUCUGCCAGCUGCCGAUGAUGGACUUCCCGGAAAAAUCCCCGGAAAACUUCCCGACGAAGCACCAGUUCGUCGGGUACCUCGAGGCGUACGCGGAGAAAUUCGGGCUCCGGCCGGUGUUCGGCUGCCGGGUGGUGGCGGCGGAGAACGACUGCGGCGGGAUGUGGAGGGUGGAGGUGGCGGCCGCAGCGGGGGAGGGGGAGGGGGAGGUGGUGGUUGAGUACGUGUGCCGGUGGUUGGUGGUGGCGACAGGGGAGAACGCGGAGGAGGUGGUGCCGGAAAUCGAGGGGGUGGAGGAGUUUUUCGGCGAGGUGGUGCACACGAGUGGGUAUAGAAACGGGGAGGCGUACGUGGGGAAGAAGGUGUGUGUUGUCGGGUGCGGGAACUCCGGGAUGGAGGUGAGCUUGGACCUAUGCAACCACGGCGCGAGGCCAUCGAUCGUAGUCAGGGACACGGUUCACAUUCUGCCGAGGGAAAUGCUGGGGAGCUCGACUUUCGCGCUGUCCAUGUGGCUGAUCAAGUGGUUCCCGGUACGCCUCGUCGAUCGUUUCUUGCUGGCCGUCUCGCGCUUCGUGCUAGGUGACACGGGCCGAUUCGGGCUGAACCGGCCCAAUAUGGGCCCGCUCGAGAUUAAGGGCUUAACGGGCAGAACUCCGGUGUUGGACGUGGGAACCCUAGAUAAGAUCAAAUGUGGAGACAUUAAGAUACGGCCCGCCAUAAGGAAACUACGACAUAAAUCAGUGGAGUUCGUAGAUGGAACCAUAGAAAACUUCGAUGCAAUUAUACUGGCAACUGGUUACAAAAGCAAUGUGCCAUCUUGGCUAAAGGAAAGCAAGAUGUUCUCAGAAAAAGAUGGGCUCCCAAAAAGGCCAUUUCCAAAUGGGUGGAAAGGUGAAAAUGGGCUUUAUGCUGUGGGGUUCACCAAACGCGGCCUUCUUGGGACAUCAUUUGAUGCCAACAACGUUGCUAAUGACAUUGAAAUCUCUUGGAAGAAGGCAGAAGAAAAUCAACACAUUAAUUCCUCCAUUUCUAAUUGGCCACUUUUAUUGGAAAAAAUUGUGUAG